AUGUGGCUGCGGUGCUUUCUCGGGCCCCAUUUGCAACGAAUUCACCGCUCACCGGACCCGUCCCGACCCGAAGGCAGGCGGGGGAGACGGGGAUGCAACUACCAACCGAGUGGAUUUGAGAAACAUGCAGACAGCAUCCUCGGCUGGGCUUCUGCUCUGUGGUCUCUGUCAUACUACAGCUCUCCUCUUCUGCUUUGCUAUUUGUACCGCAAAGGCUACAUCUGCACCAGUAAAUUGGUUCCUGUCAGUCAAUAUGUGGGAACAGUGCUGGUCUGUCUUCUGGGAGUGGCCUGUCUCAGAGGCUGGGAAAGAUGGAGGAACUCUGAAUAUCUGCAGUUUAUUUCUAUUCUCGAGGAGACCAAGAGUAGUCACACAGCCGAAAACAAGAAAAAAAUAAGAUGCUAUGACUUUGACUUCUCACACUGGCCGGCAGACUUCAGCUGUACGGAGGUUAACAAUCCAAAACUCUCCAAAGCCGGUGUUUCUCUUCUGAAGCCGGAGCCCAGGCUAAGAGGAGCAGCCGACGGUAUCCUCCACUCUGUGCGCACUCUGCCGUGCCACAUCAUCAGUUAUUUAAUCGCACACUCGUUUGGGAGGCGGAUGCUCUACCCUGGAUCAGUGGGUUUGCUGCAGAAAGCCAUGAGGCCUAUGCUGCAACAAGGCCAGGCCAAGUUAAUUGAAGAGUACGAUGGGCAGAGGAACAAGCUCAUUGCCUGCGACGGUAAUGAAAUCGACACCAUGUUUGUCGAUCGCAGGAGGGAUGGAGACGAGGAGAACGGGCAGACUCUGGUCAUCUGCUGUGAGGGAAACGCUGGCUUUUAUGAAGUUGGAUGCAUGAACACACCACUGGAAAGUGGUUAUUCGGUUCUGGGCUGGAAUCACCCUGGUUUUGGAGGAAGCACUGGGGUUCCUUUCCCGCAGAAUGAGGCCAAUGCCAUGGAUGUAGUGAUUCAGUUUGCAAUACACAAGCUGGGAUUCAAAGUGGAGGAAAUUAUCGUAUAUGCAUGGUCUAUCGGAGGAUUCACGGCCACAUGGGCAGCGAUGUCUUACCCAGAGAUCCACUCUGUGAUCCUGGACGCCUCAUUUGACGACGUGCUGCCUCUGGCCCUGAAGGUCAUGCCCGACAGCUGGAGGCCUCUCGUGCAGUACACCGUGAGGACGUACAUGAACCUAAACAACGUAGAGCAGCUACUCAAAUACCAUGGUCCAGUUUUAUUUAUUCGGAGAACCAGAGAUGAGAUCAUUACAACUACGGGUCCAGAGGAUAUCAUGUCGAACAGGGGCAACGACCUGCUGCUCAAACUUCUGCAGUUCAGAUAUCCUAAAAUAAUGACAGACGAGAGCAUCAGAGUGGUCCGGGAGUGGCUCGGAGCUUACAAUUACAUCGAAGAAAUGUCUGUGUACAGUCAGUAUGAAGUGGACGACGACUGGUGUGCGUCGGUGCUGCAGUCGUAUCAGACGGAGAGGGACGUGCGCUUCCCCUGGUCUGUUGGAGAGGAUAUGACUCCAGAAGGAAGACGUCAGCUGGCUCUUUAUUUGGCGCACAAGUAUCUACACAACUUUGAGACUACACAUUGCACUCCGCUGCCAGCCGCAGAGUUCCACCCGGCCUGGAGACUGUAG